GUUCAAUAAACUGAGACCAACAUGACUUCGGACGAAAGUAAAAAUAAUGUUAAAACAUUAUUUUUUAUUUGCAACUCCUUUGUGUUUGCAUCGGGUUGGAUGUCGUUUGCUUCUGGAGUGGGCUCUAUAGUCAUCAUGGGAGUCAGUGUUGCCAGCGUUGUGGAACUGGUGGUAGGAGUCGUCAUCGUACUGGUGGCCUUUUACGGAUAUUGUGGAGCUGCUCUUGAGCACAGAAAAUCGUUGAAAAGCUACUCUACGUCGAUGACAUUCCUUGCAGUGAGUGGGAUUAUACACUUAGUGAGGACGAAACCGGCGGCGCGCGCUGCGGGCCUCGGCCGUGAUGACAUGUCUGAUGAUGAGAAUUCCUUUAUUGGACUUAUUUUCGUCGUUAUAUUGGCGCUGGUGUCCAUGUUGCUGGGGUGGGUGCUGGUGGACCUGGUACCCAAGGAACCCGAAGAAGUGAAGGAAGCUGACAUCCCGACAAAGGAUACACCUACUGUAGUGUAA